AUGGCGAGUUUUUCAACGCUAGAUGAGCAACUCAAUGCGCUCAACGCCCUGCACAUCGGCAGCGCCAAGAUGCUCGACAACUUUGCUGAUACGUCAAAGGCAAUAGCGGACCGCGCACGUCGCAUCACGACGGAUGUGCAGCCGUGGGAGAUGGCACAGGAGAACAUCGCCGCCACCAUUGAGGAAAUGUCGAGGGCAGCUCGCUGCUACCAUCCGCCAGUGGCGCUGCGGCUCGUGCUGGCACGCAAGGAGAAGAGCCCGGAGGCUCUAUGCAAAUGCAUCGACUACCUGGUCUUCACAGAUAGCUACCUCGUGUCACACCCGCCGAACGUCUACGCGGAUCAAAUUGCAUCGAGUGUCACGGUGCAGCUGGCUGAGGUGGUGAAGGUUGCCGAGGAUGUGGUGAAGGAGGCCUUCAUCACCUCCCUGCAGAAGAAGCAAGCGGAGCGGCCUGGCGAGAGUGAGCGAAAGGAUACGGCGGCGCUGCGUCUCAUCCACGACCCCGUGGCUCUGCAAGGCAUUGAACAGGUUGUGCACAGACUUGGAGAGAAUUUCAACCGUACCGAGGUGGUCUUCAUAGAUGUGAAGCAGCUAAUUGAAGAGCAUGUGCUGCGCCUCGUGGAUUCUCAGUUCGACAACUCCUACAAGGAAGAAGAGAUGCGUCCGUGCCAAAACCAUACCACGCGUCGCGGCAUCGCGCCGAUACGGAAACACUACCAAAAAGGUGGUCAUCGCCUGCUGGACAUCUCCGCAAAAUCCAGACAGCUUGUGAGCGAGGCAGCGGAUUGUCUGAAGCGUUACGCACUGGAUCCCCUGGAUGACUCCUUUGACGUGGUGGAAAUGCCAGGGGAAUUGGCAACUCUGGUCUUUGAGCGUGUGAAGGCGAAGUGUUUCGCCGCUGUGCAAGUCGAUCAAGCGACAUUUUUAGACCCAACCCGCAUAUUUGUCCUGUCGCGAGGCGAGGGCACUGGACUGUGGGGUGAAACGCGGCACUUCCGUGAUGUGAUAUUUAUUGGGCUAGAUCUGCUGGAGGAGUUGUGGAAAUGGAAGGUUGUUGCUGAGAGCUUACCAGGUGAUAAUCACGCAUUUGUCGAUCACGUGGACGCGGGGGUGGAGCAGUUUCUCUUUGAGGUUCGCGACCUGCUGGAUUGCUACGUCACCUGUAAGGGGGCGCUAGACGCGGGGCUUCUCCGGGAGUACUCGCGCAGCCUGCACCGUACGGAGUGGUUCCCGGCCCUCGACUCCUCAGCCCAUGUGUCAGUGACCAACCAGGUGUACCUGCACAAGGUGAUGCUAACCAGCUACUACGGGGCCACGAAGCUGGCGCUUCACGGCUCGCUGCUGAGCGUCGCAGCCGAGGCAGCCGCGCUGCAGGAGGUGGAAGACUAUAUGAUGCGCUGUGUCCUUGGGACGCUGCGGGACUUGGAGGUCAUCGCCGAGGUCGCGCUGGAGAUGCGGGUCGGCUCAGGAGAGGAGCAAAGCCACCACCAUCACUUCCCCUCGAUUUCCGGUGCUCGCCACACAACAGAAGGCGACCAUCACUUUUCGCCGGCGGUUUUUAUGUUGAACAGCGUUCUUUUCUUCAUGGAGAGUUACCGCAAGGAGGCGUGUUUUCAUCAGCGGCGGCUUCCCAUGCAAGGGUCAGAAGAAGGGAAGAAAAGUUUAUCCAAAGAGUCAUCAUCCGUGCCGAUUGUUUCAAACAUCCUCGCCGUACUCGAGGAUGAAGUCCGGCGUUGGGUUGAAGAAUUCGCCACCUCAUGGUCCGGAUGCUUUCCACGGAUAAGCUCGAACCCGCGUCUGGAAAGCAUCGAUGCAACAGAUGGUGAGUUGCACAAGUCGCAGCGAAUGGCGGUAAAGCAUUGGUACCGAGAUGUUUCGGAAUCCCUGACAAGGAAGAUUAACGCAUGUCGCACCUUUGCGGUUCUUGAUACAACGCUGCGGAAUGCUCUCAUUGAAUCCUCCGUUGAGGUGGUGCGGGACGGAUUUAAUACAAUGGAGGUGAAGCUUCGAGAACGGACGUGGUCCAGUCGCCCGAUGAAGUGGAUGGUGCGUGGGGUAGAUGAGUGGACGGAUCUACUGUGUAAAGUCCUUUAA